CCUUAGGUUCACAGCUGCCUUUUAUCUCGCACUACUAGGCGCUUCUGAUGCGUUGGAAGUCCUGCUAGAUAUCUCACCGGAGAUCGUCUUGCUGCAGUUUUCAAUCUGUAGUGCUAUUUCCACCUCUUGGGUUUCUGCUUCUCUUCUGCCCCCAGACUACCUAUUUGCUGAUCCUGCCUCGAGUCUUCCCCACUUAGGGAGGGACCGGUUUUUCUCAGCAGACAGGUUCAGCUGGCCCAGAAGUUCCGAUGUGAAGGCUAUACAAGAACUGGAGACCAGGCCAGGACAGUAAGACCUUACUCCUGGCCCAGACCACCUUCCUUGUGGCCUCUGACUCAGAGCUAAGGAGGUCCUGCUGCUGGACAGAGUGGACACUUGAAAUCAGAAGAGCAGCAGAACCAGAAGCUGGAGUACUUGCUGACCUGGAGCUAGAGCCACAGGCCUAGCAGCACCUCUGGACAGGGCUUGAGGUCAUGGGUCCACCAUCUGCUGCUAGCACCCCACUGCUACAUGGCGAGUUCGGUUCCUACCCAGACCGAGGCCGGCGAGUGGCCCUCACCCUCACACUGAAGGCCCUGCAUAUCCAGCAGUUGGGCCCAAAGCCAGAAGCACGACCCCGGGGUGGCCUGGUGCCCCUGACUGUAGUGUCUGGAUGCUGCACCCUGCAGAACCGUAGCCCCUCGGAUUCAGCGGCCUACUUCUGCAUCUACACCUACCCAGAGGGCCGGCGCGGGGGCCGCCGCAGAACUGCCCGCACGUUCCAAGUAGAUGGAGCCGCCACCUUUGAGGAGAACCGGGCUGAAGCCCAGCGCUGGGCCACAGCCCUCAAGUGUCUGCUACGAGGAGUGCCACUGCCCGGGGAUGGGGAGAUCACCCCUGACCUUCUGCCACGGAGACCCCGGUUGCUCCUAUUGGUCAAUCCCUUUGGGGGGCGGGGCCUGGCCUGGCAGCAGUGUGUGAACCAUGUGUUGCCCAUGAUCUCUGAAGCUGGGCUGUCCUUCAACCUGAUACGGACAGAAAGGCAGAAUCACGCCCGGGAGCUGGUCCAGGGGCUGCAACUCAGGGAGUGGGAUGGCAUCGUCACUGUCUCAGGAGACGGGCUGCUCUAUGAGGUGCUGAAUGGGCUCCUGGAUCGUCCUGACUGGAAGGAAGCGAUGAAGAUGCCCGUGGGCAUCCUCCCCUGCGGCUCGGGCAAUGCACUGGCUGGAGCGCUGAACCAGUUUGGGGGGUUCCAGCCUGCUAUGGGCAUAGACCUGUUGCUCAACUGUACACUGCUGCUAUGUCGGGGCGUCAGCCGCCCACUCGACGUGCUCUCUGUGACACUGGCCUCCGGUGCCCGCUGCUUCUCCUUCCUCGCUGUGGCCUGGGGCUUCGUGUCAGACGUGGACAUCCAGAGCGAGCGCUUCCGGGCCCUGGGCAAUGCUCGAUUCACCCUGGGCACGAUGCUGGGGCUGGCGGCCUUGCAUACCUACCCAGGACGCCUCUCCUACCUGCCUGUCGAGGGGGACUCCACCUUGCCCAACCCUGCCCACAGCCUGCCCCGGGCCAAGUCAGAGCUGACCCUGGCCCCGGCCCCCGCCCCGCCCGGGGCCCACUCCCCUCUGCAUCGCUCAGUGUCUGACCUGCCUCUGCCCCUCACCCAGCCUGCCCUAGUCUCCCCUGGCUCCCCGGAGCCUCUGCCUGAGCUCACCCCCAACGGCAGGGGCCCAGAACUGGCAGGGGACUGGGGAGGAGCUGGGGAUGCUCCAUUGUCCCCAGACCCGCUUCUGUCCUCGCCCCCCUGCUCCCCCAAGGCGGUUCCUCACUCCCCCAUCACUGAAGUGCUCCCGGAGAUGGCCGCGCCGGCGGAGCCCCCACCUCCCUCCCCUGGGACCCCCGUGGGCUGUGCACAGGGCCCUCCCGAUGACCUGCUGCCCCCGCUGGGCAGCCCGCUGCCCCCAGGGUGGGUGACGCUAGAAGAGGACUUCGUGCUGGUGCUGGCCAUGUCCCCCAGCCACCUGAGCGCGGACCUGGUGGCGGCCCCGCACGCUCGCUUCGACGACGGCGUGGUGCACCUGUGCUGGGUGCGCGCCGGCGUCUCGCGGGCCGCGCUGCUGCGCCUCUUCCUGGCCAUGGAGCGCGGGGCCCAGUUCGGCCUGCGCUGCCCACACCUGGGCUACGCCGCGGCCCGCGCCUUCCGCCUGGAACCGCUCACACCCCGCGGCUUGCUCACGGUGGACGGGGAGCAGGUGGAGUAUGGGCCCCUGCAGGCGCAGAUGCACCCGAGCCUGGCGACCCUGCUCUCCGGACCUCCCGGAGACCCGAGCCCCAGCCCGUACUGAGCGUCCGCGCCCGCCUCCACCUCCGGGGAGCCGGACGUGGUGGGUCUCCACACCCUGGCAGCUGAGGGUGGAGCUUUGCCUUAAGGAGGGGCCCCCGGAGUGAGGGAGCCCAGCCUGUUCUUCCUGGUGCCUCCCAGGCCAGUCUGCCCCGGGGCGGGUUCCCCUGGGU